UUGCUGUGAAAUUGCAUUGUAUAACCGUUUCAUGGAAUAAUUAUUAUUUGGAUAACGUAUCUUUCGUGGAUUUAGCCAAUAGAGGAAAGUGGAGGAAAAUGGCGCGGCAAGUACUGUUGUUCAUUUCAGCACUGUAUCUCGGUUUAGCGCGAGGACAAGUCAGCUACUCUAUUCCAGAGGAAAUGCCAAAAGGUUCUGUUGUAGGCAACAUAGCGCAGGAUUUAGGGUUAGAUCUGAAAAGACUUAAAGUAGGCAAAGCACGCAUUUACACCGACCAAAGCACCGAAUACAUCGAGCUGAACAGAGACAGAGGAGUACUCGCUAUCAAAGAAAGGAUUGACAGAGAGGCUUUGUGUGGUCAGACGACGCCCUGCGCUUUGCAUUUUCAGGUCAUUCUGGAGAAACCGAUGGAAUUGUACAGAGUUACAGUAGAAAUUACUGAUAUUAAUGAUAAUCCUCCGACUUUCACAGUUAGUGAAAUGAAAUUUGAAAUAAGUGAGCUCGCAAAUGCAGGAGCUCGGUUCGAGUUAGAGACUGCAAUCGACAAUGAUGUGGGCAUAAAUGGCUUACAGGGUUACUCCUUGAAGCCUACUGACCAUUUUGUUUUGAAAACGCAGAAUUUGGCAGAUGGUACGAAAACUGUGGAGAUGGUUUUACAGAAGCCGUUAGAUCGGGAAAAACAAGAGCAAAUGUCUCUGUUGCUCACUGCCUUAGAUGGAGGAGAGCCUCAAAUGUCUGGCACGAUGGGAAUUCUUAUCACAGUUUUAGAUGCAAAUGACAAUGCUCCCGUUUGUAACCAGGCUCUGUAUAAGGCCAGCGUGAAAGAGAAUACACCUAAAGGCACCCUUUUAACUACUGUAAGUGCAUCAGAUGCUGACCAAGGUUCAAAUAGUAUUGUUUCAUAUUCGCUGUCAAGCACUGCAAAAGCACUCGCUGGGUUAUUUCAAAUAAACAGUGAUGACGGAGCAUUGAUAUUGAUUGGGAGCAUAGACUUCGAGAAACAUAAAGAGUACCAGAUUCCAGUGCAAGCGAAAGACCAAGGAGGCCAUUCUGACACUUGCAAAGUUAUUUUGGAUAUUACGGAUGUAAAUGACAACAGCCCCUUGAUAAGCAUAAUUUCUGAAUCGAAUGAAAUAUCUGAGAAUUCUGAGAUUGGUACCGUUGUGACCAUGUUGAACAUCAAAGACGCAGACACGGCAGAAAAUGGGAAUGUGAAUUGCAUUCUUAAUGAUAACAUUCCUUUUGCCAUACAGACUUCAUCCGAUGGCUUUCACAGCAUUAGUACGCAUGAUGUUUUAGAUCGAGAGCAAGUGUCUCUCUACAACAUCACCGUGACGUGCUCUGACGAAGGCACGCCAUCUCUGUCCAGCAGCGUCACUCUGUCUUUAAAGAUCAGUGAUGUAAAUGAUAACCCUCCUGUGUUCAGCAGUACCAUAUACGAAGCUUCAGUUUUAGAAAAUAACGCACCGGGCGUGUCCAUAUUCCGCAUACAAGCCAAAGAUGCAGACUGGAACCAAAAUGCCCGCGUGUCCUACAUUCUGGAGGAUUCCACCGUUAAUGGAGUGCGCAUUUCGUCGUAUGUGUCAGUCAGUGCAGACAGUGGAGUGAUCAACGCCGUCUCCUCUUUUGAUUUCGAGCAAAUAAAGAAUUUUCAGUUCCAAGUCAAAGCGCAAGAUGGGGGCUCCCCUCCACUUAGUAGUAAUGUAACUGUCCGGAUAAAUAUCCAGGAUCAGAAUGACAAUGCGCCUCAGGUACUUUAUCCAGUUCAAACUAGCAGCUCUGUGGUGGCAGAGAUGGUGCCUCGUUCAGCAGAUGUAGGCUAUCUAGUCACUAAAGUGGUGGCUGUGGAUGUGGACUCUGGUCAGAAUGCCUGGCUCUCUUAUAAACUACAGAAAGCGACAGACAGGGCUCUGUUUGAAGUGGGCGCACAGAAUGGAGAAAUAAGAACCAUCAGACAGGUGACUGAUAAAGAUGCUGUGAAGCAAAAGCUCACUGUUGUGGUGGAGGACAACGGACAGCCCUCUCGCUCUGCUACUGUGAAUGUCAACGUGGCUUUAGCUGACAGCUUUCCAGAAGUGCUCUCUGAAUUCAGUGAUUUUACGCACGACAAGGAGUACAACGACAACCUGACUUUUUAUCUAGUUUUGGCUUUAGCAGUUGUCUCCUUCCUAUUUAUUGUCUCUCUCAUAGCCAUACUGUCAGUGAAGUGCUACAGAUGGAAACAGGAGAGGCUGUUUUAUAAGUCCAACGGAAAUCUUCCCGUUAUCCCAUAUUACCCUCCUCUUUACGCGGACGUAGGGGGCACAGGCACACUGUCACACCCACAAGUGUUCAAUUAUGACGCCUACAGAACUGUGGAUUCUAGAACGAGUGAUGUCAAAUAUGAUACAACAUACAGCCGCAGCAUUGUCAGUCUGGAUACCCCAGGGACCGCCACGCUGCCUCCCUUCAGGACUGAAAAACUGAUAAACGACGAUUCAACAGAGCAGGUGAGGCUUUAUUCGCAUACUUCAUAUUGGUUAACAUUGUUGAUAUCAACUUAA